AACCUUGUUUGAAGGAACUCGGCAAGUGAAGUUUACGCCGAAACGUAUUGUGGAGAAAAGGACAUUGCCUCGACUAUGCUAUGUGUGUCGAUGGCAAGGAUACUUAGCUUACUCCUGCCCGGAACAAGUAAAACGUGAAGGUCAGGAACUUGUGAUAGAUGUACAAUCUAUGAAAAUUAAAGAAAGGAGUAAACGAAUAAGAACAGCGAAUGGUGAAAUAAAUUCGAUUGAAGAUGUUGAUGAAACGUCCAAUGACGAAGAUGGAUUGAAGGAUGAUCUUGAAAUGAAAAUGGGGAUUAAUAACGAUGUUGUGGAUGAUGAAAUAAUGACAAGAAGAGGAUUGAAUUAUGCUAAGUUGAUUGGAGACGAUAAUGAAGCUAAAUCCGGGGGAAAUCGACUGAAAAUGCGAAAAUCUU